UAUCCCCAUGAGGUGAAUGGAGCCCCCAUGUAUCUCUAUGAAGUGGCCACUGAGUCUGUAUGUGAAUCAGCUGCCAGACUCCUUUUCAUGAGCAUUAAAUGGGCCAAGAGUGUUCCAGCCUUCUCCACUCUGUCCUUACAAGAUCAGCUGAUGCUUUUGGAAGAUGCUUGGAGAGAACUGUUUGUUCUAGGAAUAGCACAAUGGGCCAUUCCAGUUGAUGCUAACACUCUACUGGCUGUAUCUGGCAUGAAUGGCGAAAAUACAGAUUCCCAGAAGCUGAGUAAGAUCAUCUCUGAAAUCCAGGCUUUGCAAGAGGUAGUGGCCAGAUUCAGACAACUUCGGCUGGAUGCAACUGAAUUUGCCUGUCUCAAAUGCAUUGUCACUUUCAAAGCUGUACCUACACACAGUGGUUCUGAACUCAGAAGUUUCCGGAAUGCCGCCGCGAUCGCCGCACUUCAGGAUGAAGCUCAGCUAACACUUAACAGUUAUAUCCACACCAGGUGA